UUGGGGAGGUGCUCUGAUUCUUAUUUCCGGUGGCGGAGAGGUGCCGUUGCCAUGGCAAUUAAAGUAGAGGCCGAGGUCUGUUGAGCUGCAGUGAGAGGAUCGCGGAAUCCGUGGAGAGAAUUGCCUGCGCUUCCUCGUUUGUGAGCUGGAGUUAGAAUGGCCAUCAGUCCAGGAAGAGAUGCAGCUUUCUCCUGUCAGAAGUCAGCACUUUCAGAGAGUCUGCGAACAAAGAAAUUUCCACUAACUGAAGAAGAAAUAUUUUAUAUGAAUUGUAGAGCUGCCUACUUAACUGUUUUUAAAAGCAGCUUAGAAAACAUUAUUUCUAAAGAACAACUUUACUUGGCUCUACAGCAUGCAGGAAGAAAUCCAUCCCAAAAGACCAUUAAUAAGUAUUGGACUCCUCAAACUGCCAAACUGAAUUUUGAUGAUUUUUGUAUAAUUUUAAGGAAGGAAAAACCUACUUCAAAAGCAGAACUACUAAAAUCAUUUAAGCAAUUAGAUGUAAAUGAUGAUGGCUGUAUUUUGCAUGCUGAUCUUUAUAAACUUCUAACAAAGAGAGGGGAGAAGAUGACUCGAGAAGAAGUAAAUGCUGUAACAAGUUUGGCAGAUGUAAAUGCUGAUGGCAAAUUUGAUUACAUCAAGUUUUGUAAAUUAUAUGUGACAACCAAUGAGCAAUGUCUCAAAACUACUGUAGAAAAACUGGAAGUUGACAGUAAACUGAGACGUCAACAGUUUGGAAACCACAUUGAAGAACCUCCUGAAAGGGACCCAUCAUCAGUACCAAAACCAUCGCCUAGAAUCAUAAGAAAAACUGAGCAGGAAACAUUCUCAAAUAAAGGUGAUACCAGGAGUUCUUCACUGGCAACAACUAGAAAGUUCAAAACAUCUAUUUCCUUCACAAUUACCAUGGGUGCUAAUAGUAACAGAAACUCAAAGUUAACCGAGCCAAAUUCAAUAAAGGAGUGGCAAUGUGUACAGUCAAAAGGUUGCUUUUUUUUAGAAGAAGAUGGUGAAAUCAUUAGUCAUCAAUAUAGGAUGCAGAUAGCUCAGAGAUCCAUGGUUUAUCUUACAAUUAAACCACUAAACCUGAGUCAAGUUGAAGGAAAACCAUCCCCUUGGUUAUCAAUUGAUACUGCCUUGUAUAUUCUUAAGGAAAAUGAGAGCCAAGCAAAUCUACAACUCAUGUGUUUUACUGAACUACGAAAUAGAGAAGUGUUUGGGUGGACUGGUGAACUAGGACCUGGAAUUUACUGGUUAAUUCCUUCUACAACUGGCUGUAGGCUGAGGAAAGAAAUAAAACCAGUAACUGAAGAAGCCCAACUUGUAUAUAGAGAUGAAACAGGGGAAUUAUUUCUUACAAAGGAAUUUAGGUCAACUUUAUCAGAUAUAUUUGAAGUAAUUGAUUUGGAUGGAAAUGGUCUUCUUAGCCUUGAAGAAUAUAAUUUUUUUGAAUUGAGAACAAGCGAUGAGAAAUGUGAUGAAGAUGCUUGGGCUGUCUGCCGAGACAAUUUUGAUACAAAGAAGAAUGAACUAACAAGACAGGGCUUUAUGGAUCUCAAUCUAAUGGAAGCCAAUGAUCGAGAAGGAGACCCUCGUGACCUUUGGGUAACUCUACACUCAAUGGGCUACAAUAAAGCUCUGGAACUGACAGAGGCAUGCCCAUUUGUCAUUGAUAUCUAUGCAGACAAAUGCAAGCCAAGAAUUAAAGCUGUCCAUAUGGAGGCAUGCAGUGGGCAACUCGAGAAGGCCAUUUGUAAAUCUGUCCUUAACAAAGGCGAUGCAAGAGUGAUGGAUGGUUAUGAAAAUAUAAUUGUACAUACUUAUAAGCGUGACACCUGGAUAACAUCAGUUAUUGAAAACAAGUCAGAUAAUAAAGUGAUUAUUCACAUCAACAACGAACUAAGUAAAAACUGCAUAAACAACAGAGGACUCAACAUAUUUGCAGUAGAAGUGGCGCCAAAGUCUACAAUGGUUUGUCAACAUGUAAUGCCUGUGAAUGAACGACAAGAAUGGAUGUAUUAUUGUGUGUAUUCCCUUAUAUCUUAAAUAUUGCUUUCUAUUAGAGACUGUCAGGCUAAGAAUUAUUUCAGGUUUAGUCUUUAUUUGUUGAUCAACUAAAUGCUGAUCAAUUUAACUGAUGUAUAUAAACAAUAAUCUAUUUAAUUUGUAUGUAUUUAUAUUUUAUGCCCAUGUUAUAUACUUUAUUAUUAAAAUAUAAAUAAAUAUAAAAUAUAAAUAAUAAUGUUUUUAA